UCAGAGCAGAGCGGCGGUGAGGUUACUGGUUACUGAGGAGCGCUUCACUCAUACGCACUUUAAACAGGAUGUAGCGACUCAUUCAGACCACGGAAACACACAGAAAAGGAAAGAAGCGGGUUAAACACAACUGCAAUGUGACAAACGCCGGUGAGCCAGAAAUGAACACCACAGCAGCGGAGAAGAAGACAGGAGGAGUCCGGAUGAGGCAUCUCAUCGCCGGCAGGUCUUGACGGCUGCUCCUCGCUGACCUGAGAGACGCCCAGCAGCAGCAGCAGCAGCAGCACCACCAGCAGCAACACGCACUGAAAACCUGCAACAUAUAGCAGAAAUACUCCACAAUAUCUCCACAUACUCCAACCUUGAUAAAGCGAUAAUGGCUGGGAUGGGCGACUGCUGUGUGAAGGUUGCAUUGAGGAUUCGUCCUCAGAUGGCCAAGGAGAAGAUAGAGGGCUGCCACGUGUGCACGCUGGUCACACCUGGAGAACCACAAGUCCUCCUGGGUAAAGACAAGGCCUUCACCUACGACUUUGUGCUUGACAUCGACUCAGAGCAGCAGCAGAUCUACCAGGCCUGUGUGUACAAGCUCAUCGAGGGCUGCUUCGAGGGCUACAACGCCACUGUGUUCGCUUAUGGUCAGACGGGUUCGGGGAAGACCUACACCAUGGGGACGGGCUUCGACAUGAGCCUGGGCCAGCUGGAGCAGGGCAUCAUCCCGCGGGCUGUUCACCAGCUGUUUGAGGGAAUCCAGAACAGGAGGGAUCGCGCCCAGGAGACCGGCAGCCAGCCGCCCGAGUUCAAAGUCAGCGCCCAGUUCUUAGAGUUGUACAAUGAAGAGGUCCUGGACUUGUUCGACGGAACCAGAGAUGCAGAGAGUCGGAGCAGGAAGUCCAACAUUAAGAUCCAUGAGGACGCCAAUGGCAGUAUCUACACCACCGGAGUCACUUCCAGACUGGUGAACUCAGAGGAGGAGCUGCUGCAGUGCCUGAAGCUCGGCGCUCUGUCCCGCACCACCGCCAGCACCCAGAUGAACGCCACAAGCUCCCGCUCGCACGCCAUCUUUACCAUCUACCUCUGUCAGAUGAGAGUGUGCCAGCAGAAUCAAAUGAACGGAGGAGGAGGCGGAGGAGGAGGUGGAGGAGGAGAAGGAGGUGGAGGAGGAGAAGGAGUAGCAGGAGGAGGAGUAGCAGGAGAAGAGAACGGAGAGUUGAACGGCGUGGACUCCAGCCCCAUCGCUAAGCCAGAGUUCGAGACGUUGAUGGCCAAGUUCCACUUUGUGGACCUGGCGGGUUCCGAGAGGCUGAAACGCACAGGAGCUACAGGAGACAGGGCCCGCGAGGGAAUCUCUAUUAACUGUGGACUGCUGGCGCUGGGAAAUGUCAUCAGUGCUCUAGGAGACCAGGCUAAGAAGGGAGGACACGUCCCGUACAGAGACUCCAAACUCACUCGUCUGCUACAGGACUCACUGGGAGGCAACAGUCGCACGGUGAUGAUCGCCUGCGUCAGUCCGUCAGACCGCGACUUCAUGGAGACGCUGAACACGCUGAAGUACGCCAACCGAGCCCGUAACAUCAAGAACAAGGUGGUGGUGAACCAGGAUAAGACCAGCCAGCAGAUCAGCUCCCUGCGCGCCGAGAUAGCCCGACUUCAGAUGGAGCUGAUGGAGUACAAAGCGGGGAAGCGUGUGGCAGGUGAGGAUGGUUCAGAGGGCUUCAGCGACCUGUAUCAGGAGAAUGCAAUGCUGCAGAGAGAAAGCGACACGCUGCGCCACAGGGUCAAGGCAAUGCAGGAGACCAUUGACCACCUCAACACCCGUGUAACACAUCUGCUGGCCAACGAGGUCAGCGCUCUGCUGACCAAGUCAAGUGAGGGCACCGAGGAGAUCGGGGCUUUGAUCCAGAACUACAUCCGAGAGGUUGAAGAACUUCGAUCCAAGCUUCUCGAGAGCGAGGCCAUGAACGAGUCGUUGCGACGGCAGGCGACCCGACUUUCCACGCGUCCUCAGUUCUCUUCCUCCACUCUCAGCCCCGUCCCCGGCCACCCCCUCGGCUCCUCCCCUGCUCCUCUGUCUAUGGAGGCCGAGAUGACGGACGUGUUGCGCCGGGCCAAGAUGGACAUCGAGAGGCUGAAGAAGAAGGAGAGGAGGCAGAGGAGGAAUAGUCCAGAGCCGGAGAAAGGUCUGAAGAAACGAGUGAAACUGCACACUCACGAGAACGGAGAGAACGGGCAGAGUGGUCAAAACGGACAGAACGGAGAGAUCGAUUCAGACGACAAUUACACCGAGGAUGUCAUGUCUCCACUGCAGGAGGAGAGCGGUUGUGAUGAAGAUGAGGGGGAGGAUGAAGAGGAGGGCAGGGAGGAGGAGGACGGGUUUGACAGUGACGAGAGCCUGGUGGAUUCAGACUCUGACUCUGAUGAGAAAGCCAACUUCCAGGCGGACCUGGCCGAUCUGACCUGCGAGAUCGAGAUCAAACAGAAGCUGAUAGACGAGCUGGAGAACAGCCAGCGGCGGCUGCUGAUGCUGAAGCUGCAGUACGAGGAGAAGCUCAUUCUGCUGCAGAAUAAGAUCCGAGACACUCAGCUGGAGAGAGACCGCGUGCUGCAGAAUCUCAUGUCAAUGGAGAACUACACGGAGGAGAAGGCCAGUCGGAUCAAGCAGGACUAUGAGAAACGUCUUAAGGAGAUGAACCGAGACCUGAUGAAGCUACAAGUGGCCCAGAAAGAGCACGCGCGUCUCCUCAAAAACCAGGGGAGGUACGAACGGGAGCUGAAGAAACUCCAGACAGAGGUCAACGAUAUGAAGAAAGCCAAGGUGAUACUGAUGAAGCAGAUGAAGGAGGAGCAGCAGAGGAGGAGGAUGGUGGAGGCAAAGAGGAACCGUGAGAUCGCCCAGCUCAAGAAGGAGCAGCGCCGCCAAGAGUACCAAAUUCGAGCGCUGGAGUCUCAGAAGCGGCAGCAGGAGCAGGUGCUGCGCAGGAAGACCCAGGAGGUGACCGCCCUACGGCGCCUGGCCAAGCCCAUGUCGGACCGCGUGGCCGGGCGCGUGGCCCGCUGGAACCACAGUCCCCCAGCUACGGACUCUGGAGCCGAGUUCUCGGCCAGCACCACGGCGAGCAGCUCUGAACCGGAGACUGGGAGGUCUGUGAGCGGGCUGGUGAGACAGUGGAACAACAAGAACAAUGGGAUUGGAUAUCUGGCAGAGAGUGAAGGGAGCAUGGAUGGAUCCAGGGUCAUUGGCGGUAGGAAGAAGUUGCAGCGUAAGCCAGCAGGCAUUGGCAGCGCGGGAGCGGCGGGCAGAGCCAGCAGCUUUUCCAAAUCCGCCCGUCAGAAGUGGCAAACACUAGAGCGUCGCAUUAUGGACAUUGUCAUGCAGAGGAUGACAAUUGCUAACGUGGAAGCAGACAUGGACCGCCUUAUCAAGAAGCGAGAGGAGCUGACGGGCCAGCAGGAGUCUCUCUCACACAAGAGGGAGGUACUGAUGGCGGACGGGGAGGGACCAGAAGCAGAGGACCGCCUCCUUCUGGAAAUUAAUGAGGACAUUGAGGUGCUGAACGCCAACAUAGACUACAUCAAUGACAGCCUGUCUGAGUGCCAGGCCACCAUUGUACAGAUAGAAGAGACCAAGGAUGAGCUGGACUCGGUGGACACCUCGGUGGUGAUCAGCUCCUGCUCUCUGGCUGAAGCACGCAACCUGCUGGACCACUUCCUGAAGGCUUCCAUAGACAAAAGUUUACAGGUGGCUCAGAAGGAGGCUCAGAUCCGACUGCUGGAGGGUCAGCUGAGGCAGACUGACGUGAUUGGCUCAUCUCACAAUCACAUAAUCCUCGAUGCCCUGCGAGAAAAAGCAGAAUACAUCCCUGAACUCCAGGCUCUCAUCCACAAUGUUCAGCAGGAAAAUGGUUACGCCAGCACAGACGAGGAGCCCUCUGAGUUCAGCCAAGCUUCUGACUGCAGUGUGUCUCACAUGAAAGAAUCCAACAGCCAUGAGGAUUUCAAAAUAAAGAUGGAGCCUCGUCUGUCCGCUCAGAUGAAGGCGGUGUCUGCGGAGUACCUGGGUCCCAUCCUGGACCCGUCAUCAGGCUGCAAGCAGCAGCACAUCACCAAGUCUCUGGCCUCGCUGACCGACAUCCAGGAGGACGGCAUGUGCCUGGGGUCAGCGAGUCUGGGACUCAGCCUGGCCCUACGAGACUCCUACCACCGGGACCGGGUGUCCCGCACCAUCAGCCUACCUGUCAGGGGACACACCUUUCCCAGGCAGUCUCGGGGUUAUGACACUUCCCCUCUAACAAGGAGGAAAUCUUACGACCGUGCGUACAGGCCCACCGACGGCUACACUCCUCCCUCCUCCCCUCCUCUGAGGACCAGGAACGACCGCAACGUCUUCUCGAGGCUCACCAGCAACCAAACCCAAGGUUCUGCUCUGGACAAGUCGGAUGACAGCGACUCCUCGCUCUCCGAGGUGCUCAGGGGUGUGAUCAAUCCCAUCGGUGGUGUGAAAGGGGGUCGGACGGCGCCCCUGCAGUGUGUUUCUGUAGCCGAGGGCCAUUCCAAGCCGGUCCUGUGUGUGGACGCUACAGAUGAGCUGCUAUUCACUGGAUCUAAAGAUCGCACCUGUAAGAUGUGGAACCUGGUAACAGGUCAAGAGAUCGUCACCCUCAAAGGCCACCCGAACAAUGUCGUGGCAGUCAAAUACUCUCCUUCCUCCUGUCUGGUCUUUUCUGUUUCCACCUCCUACAUUAAGGUGUGGGACAUCCGCGACUCUGCCAAGUGUGUCCGCACGCUUACGUCAUCGGGUCAGGUGAUAUCCGGUGAUGCAUGUGCGAGCACCACCACCCGCACAAUAACCUUUGCACAGGGCGAGUGUCAAAUUAACCAAAUAGCCCUCAACCCGUCGGGAUCUGUGCUCUACGCUGCCGCUGGAAACACUGUUCGCAUGUGGGACCUCAACAGGAUGCAAGGGAUGGGGAAGCUGACAGGCCACAUCGGCUCUGUCAUGUGUCUGACAGUGGGUCAGUCUCUGCUGGGCAAAGACCAACUAAUCACUGGCUCCAAAGACCAUUAUGUCAAGGUGUUUGACGUGGCAGAGGGAACGCUGGGUAAUAUAGGUCCAGCUCAUAACUUUGAGCCGCCCCAUUAUGACGGCAUCGAGUGUUUGGCUGUACAGGGAGAUGUGCUGUUCAGCGGGUCCAGAGACAACGGCAUCAAAAAAUGGGAUCUGGAGCAGCAGGAACUCACUCAGCAAAUCCCCAACGCCCAUAAGGACUGGGUGUGCGCUCUGGCGUAUGUCCCGGGCCGACCCAUGCUGCUGAGCGCCUGUCGGGGCGGCAUGCUGAAGGUGUGGAACGUAGAGAACUUCACCCCCAUAGGAGAGGUCAGAGGUCAUGAAAGCCCCAUUAACGCCAUAUGUACCAACUCAAGACAGAUCUUCACUGCGUCCAGUGACUGCAGGGUGAAGUUGUGGAGCUAUGUGCCAGGCUUGACCCCGUGUCUUCCUCGACGGGUCCUGGCCAUCAAGGGCCGAGCCACCAGCCUCCCAUGAUUGCUUCUUCUCCGCUCACCAACCCUCCCUUCCUCUGCGACAAGACAGUGAAGAUCUGGUCGUCAAAGGUGUGGAGGAAGAGGUGACAGCCGAAGUGGUUCCUUUGUCGGCCAUCUUGCUGAAACUUCAGCCACCGAUCUGCGACCUGCUCACUUCUAACAAUGAGAUGUGAAUAAGUUUCCAAGGCAAUCAAGGUGAUUUUUUAUUUGUCAAGGUGCAAAAUGACAAAGCCGAGGCGGAAUAUGUAUUCGAAGGCAAAAAACUAUUUGCCUUUCAGAUAUUUUUUGUUUUACUGCCAAUUUUAAAGUGCCAUUCAGGUGUGAUGCUCGGACAACAUACCGCAUCUACCCAGCCGUGGAUACACCAGGCAGAACAAUGUCUCUCUCCUGACAUGAAAACUACCACAGCCUGGUAUUAAAAGAAAAAGAAAAAAGUGUCCUUCGGUUCUUUCACCAAGGUUUCCGAAUCCUUGUGGAACAGCGAGAGAUGAAUUUGCUCACAGACAUGUGUAUUUAUGUAUCGAGUCUGAAAGUCGUGACGCAGGCUGAAUUUAAAUCCCAGAGGGACGUUAACUAACAACUGGGACCUCUGAACUUUUUCCUCCUGUUCCUCCUUUCAGGACUGUUAGUGUUCAUUAGCGUUGUUCUGAUGCUGAAGUCAUUGGAGGGUCAUGCGCUGGGCUCAUUGUGGUAGAUGAUCGAUAGAAAAUUGUUGAUCUUGGGUUAGACAUCACUGGACAAUUACACCAUGUUACACCGGAAACGCCCUCCAAUCACUUUUAUUUCAAGUUGUUCUCGGUAAACCACUGAAACUUUACUGUGUUCCACAAGUCGUUAAUUUUUUUUUAAAUGACUUUUCCUAAUUUAUUAUUUCCCCUACCUCAGAUGCUUUGGACUUUGGUGUGAGGUAGGAGGGGAACAUUUUUACGGGUCUCUGUACAAACCUGGUGCUUGACAUUCUGAAACCUUUAUUUAAUGCCUGGCUCUUCAUCUCUGUGUGGAUGUGUCCUCUGUGGCCCUCUGGCUAUAAGACUGUCUAGCUGCUGACCCUGCAAACAGGAAAGCACACGUCCAGUAGCACAACUAAGGUAGCACUGGCCCCGGAGGAUCUGAACGGAUUGUAAUAUCUGCUCUGUAAAGUGCUAACGGCGGCAAAAAUAAAAGAAAACAGCCCCUUCAGAUGCACCUGAGACAGUGCGUACCUACAGCACACGCUCCCUAAGACAUUUGUGAGUCAGGUAAUUCAUUGAGGCCAAAGUGCUAGAUCAUUAUCUCAAGCAUCCUGCAGGUAUGUGGCCCAUACCUGCCAUUUAUCCUCCACACAAAUGGUAAUAGGAGCCCUACCAGUUCCCCCCUGCCUGCGUCCUGCUCCACUCUGAUCUUUAAGGUUAGCCACUGUAUCAGACUGACCAGCCUUACUGAAGAGCCCACCUCCUUCCUCGCUACUGAACUUCUCUAGGAAGCCAAUUUAAUUAGAGGUCUCGAAGCUCAGGCUGCUUUUCAGGCAAGAUUACUUGGGGGGAAAGUAGGUCAUAACUGAGAGAGAUUUCUUAUUAGAAUCCCAAUUUUCUUCCACCCACUAUUUGCUGCUACAUUUAAAGAGCGAGAGAAACUUCCUGUACCCGUGCACUGAUGUACAAAUCUGUUUAUGUGGCGGAUUAUGUGCGUGGGCAACACACACACGCACAAACACAAGAUUUCAGUGGAUGUUUCGGUUAUCCAUCUUGCCUGAUAGGUCUUGGCAUCCCUCACUGUGUUGAUUUAGUGUCUCUUUAAUGAAACAAAUUCCGCACUGCAGCACUGCACUGCACUACACAUAUGCGCAUACAUACACACUCCCUACAAGCCCAAAGUCUUAGAAGUCAAUUCGAUUAUGUUUUUUUGUUGUGAAUGCAGAUAAUAGCAAGCAUUCGCAUCACUUUCAGUUUAUGAACUUGGGCUUUUAUUAUUUGUGUCAGUUCAAAAUGACACGCAAAAAAGCUUCUUGUCAUACAGACGUCUUACAGCUUGACAAAAACACAAUUCAUGUCUGUUAGUAUCAAAAUACCACAGCACAGUUGAGUUUUGUUCAGCUCUGAAAUCUCCUUCUGUUGAAAAAAAAAAGAUUUUCUUUGGUCAUUUAGUGCACUUUUCCUUAUAAAAGACCCAGAAACAUUUGUAGUUUAAUUAAACUAAGCUUGGGUCAUAAAGCAGCAGUCACAGGUGCUGAAGAUAGUUAAUACUUUCAACAUGCUUUCUGCAAAUCCUCCUCCAAGAGGGAGCAUGCACUGCUGAUUGUUGAUGUAGCCAACACGAGUUUGAAGCUGCUUACGUUCUCCAAAAGCAAUGUUAUGGGUUUUUGGUUUUAUAUUGGGAGGGGGGGUGCAGUGAAUGCAAAUGUGUGGAUGGCGGUGAUUUUGUUGAAGCGUUCUUGGUUUUUAUAUAUUUUGCCACACUUAGAAACUCAGGAAAAAGUUGAAGGAUAAUGUUAGUCAAACUUUAGUCAUUACUUGACCCUGUGAAUUUAGGUAGCUCUUUGAAUCGACCAAAUGCCUUGUUUGAGAGAUUUUUUUUUUAUUUUGAGAAAAAAAAGGUACAACCAUGUAUCACCUCUUUUUGUAAAAAGUCCCAUUUUCAUGUCUUGCUUUUGAUUCCCUUUACUUAAUAUCUACGUACUGUGCUUUUCUGUACAAAAUGUACACAUCUUAAAUGAGAUGAUCUUCCCAAUCUGGCCAAAGCUGAAAGUCUUGCAACUCUGAGAGGAUGUGCACUGAUUUUUGACCAUAAUUACUUGUUUACAAUAUCUAUUAAAUACAGUAAUUGUAUAGUAGUUAAACUGGAGUGAGCGGUACAAAAUGCGGUCAGUAGGGAAAUUAACCUCCAUAACGUUUAUAAACUACAGACCUCGAGUCAGACUCCUCUGGGCCCUUCACUGUACACUAUGUAUUUAUCUGUGCUCAUUAGCCAAACUGACCCCGCUCACCAGCUCUGUGGUGUGUUUCAUGUGAUAACAAAGCUAAGACAGCCUUUAUCUCAGUUUUUUUUCUCUUCUCCAGACUACUACUUAUUGCUAGAGAAGAUCUCGUAGUACUGUAGCUUUAGGCACUCUCUUACUGUAGGUGCCCUGUGCUUGUACAUUUGCUGAAGGAUGCAUGAGGUUAGUGGUGCUCAUCGGUUGAUUGGUCACCUCAAAACAUGGCUAUUUAGUAGGCAAUUAAUUCCCCAUGCUAUUGUCAAUCUUAAUGUUGAACAUCUGAGUGGAUUUGCUAUCAAAAUAUUAGAAGGAUUUGGCCAUUUGUUUGGAUUCUGAAGCACUGACAGUCAAUGAAUUAUGCACACAAUAUGCAGAAAAAAAAUGAGAGUGCUUCACAAAAGAUGCUUGCUUUGAAGAUUUAUUAUUGACAAGCAGAGUCCCUAAGUUAUUAUCUGGCCUUGGAUCAGCCCAACCCAACGUUACCCCGAGUUCUGAGGCCUGUAUUCUGCCGAUGUCAGCACCACUUCAUUACUUGAUGAUGUGUAUAUAGGUGUGUCGUUUUAAAUAUUACAGAGGAGGUUUAGUCGAGGUUAACUGACGUCUUCCUCAUCAGCUGGCCUCAGAGUCAUCUCUGCAAGUUAGGAUUUACAUGCACUUUGGAUAAUGAACACUGCUGUGAAUACUCUGUUUUCCAGAUAGGUAUUACGCCUAUUUUUAGACUUAGUUUACAAAGACGGAGUUUAUGAGUCCCAAACGAGGCUUAAAGCACUGAAAUUGUACUGAAAAGAUGACAUCGGUUUAGCUCUACAGUAGGUUUAGAAAUCAAUUAUAUAAAUGUUUGUGCUGAUACAGUAUGUAAGAUAACAGUCAAGACAUAGAAAGACAGCCCCCAGUAUGUCCCUGCCUUUAAAGUCCCCCUUUUUUUAUAGCAAAUGUUUCCUGAGAAAAAGAAUAUUCUCUUUGACAGAGCAGCAUGCACAUCUUUGUAGACGCUCAGGAGAGCCCAUCUCCAUCCUUAUUUCCCUGGCUGUCUGCUGAUAUUCACACAUUUUUCUUAAUAAUACUGACCACAAACAGGCCAUAUUACUAUAUCAAAGAUAUAAUCGGAGGCACAGGAAAAUCUAUUUCUCCUGCAACUGCGGAAAAAUCCUACUUCAUGAAAUGUCCUCUCAGAAAGGGAUAUUAUCACACUAAAUGUACCAUUGAGCAGGUGACAUUGUUUUAUCAAUACUGCUCUCCAAUCCCAAAUUGGUACAUCAGCUGGUGGUAAUGUUCUGUCGCCAAACGUGAAAAAAAUAAUCUAUGAUAGGUUCCCGUAGCCCCUUUUAGCAUCUAAUUUAAAGGUGCUAAAUUCUAUAUCCGAAGCAUCAAUGUAGCAGUAACAAACUAUGUGCUAUGUGUAGAUAUAGAGGAGUAAUGUCUACCUGAGCAGAGAAUGAAGUCUAUCUCUCUGUGUGUGUUAUAAUCUGAGCUUCUCCGUGCUUUGUUGACAUCGCCGGGCCGGCUGCGUGUGCUUUUAGUGCAUGUGAGCGUGCCCCACAGCCGUUCUGCACUGUGCUCAUAUGGCGGUUUCAGCUGCUAACGCCGUCAUGACCGGCGGUGCCGUCGUGGAAGCGUAGCACCCACAACACUGUCAGCUCUGUCAGCAGUGUUGCCAUAGUUUUCGCUUUUAUGCUACGUUCCCACUCCGAGCGUCAAAAGCAACAAAACAUUAAGUGUGGCCGGCUACAUUGACGGUGAGUCGCUCAAGCACUCAUUGACGUAGUUAUGCCGUUAAAAAAAAAACAUAUGAUUGGUUAACAAUUCAUAGCGUCAUUGGAACGCUGAAAAAAGUUGAGACCAGCUCGACUUUAUUGGUAGCACAUCAUGCUCAUCACACAGCAACAAGUGUCGGGUGUCAGGUUGUAGCUUCAUGUCACCGGCUUCCAUUGAAAAUAACUUGUAGAAUGUUGCUGUUUCGUUUGAAGUGUGAACACAGCAUUAGCACCGUUAGCUGCGAGCUCAGCCGUCGCCAUGUUGAGAGCCGUACAGAGGCAAUAGAAAUCCUCCCAAUCUCGAAUUUAGCACCUUUAAAUUGGAAAGCUGUUUGACCAAAGCUAAAACUCACUUGAACAGCUGAUGCCUUGCUCACUCUUUAAAGCCGUUAUGUGUGUAAUUGAAGAUUUCUGACUCUGGUGCCCCCGAGUGGUAGUAUAAAAGAAAAUAUUUUGGCAAAAAAUAAUGCACCCAUGGAUCUCACCUGAGGACACAACGGAUUGACCAUAUCGACCAUUAUGGUUGCUAAGCUUUGAUUGGACAAUCACUGGUCGCGGUGUAGCUAAUGGUCAAUUUAGUGAAUGGUUUAUUGGCUGAAAGCAAAACAAAGACUGCACCAAUUUUCACAGGCAAACAAAAAUAAAAUCAAUGUGUAGUGGUCGUUACCAGUCUGUCAGGUAUUAGAUAUAGGACCACAUGACAGAUACAGUAGGAGAGCUGCCAGUCAAACUGAUUGUGUGAUUACCACCUGUAGCAUUUCCAGCCCAGCCCAACCGUCUUAUGACCACUAGGAAAUGAAACCCAAGUAGUCAACUCAGCUUCAGCCUUGUGCCUCAGCCAACAGGCCUUACUGCCUUAAAGAAACAGAAUGUGUAUGUAGGACAUUGAUAAUCAUUCACUUAAUAUCCUGAAUAUCCAGUAACAGAUUUAUUCUGAGGAUUGUAGAUUGUCCUACAGAUUGUGGCACUCUGUUCUAAGUCAGGCGACGUCUCAGCUCACUUUAUCAGUACGGCUGAAAAUACUUUCAACUUUGCCUCAGGCUGCUGAGGGGUUGGAAUCGCAUUUAGACACAAUCAAGAGGGCACUUUACUGCUUUGCUGCUCGGCGGCGAAUCGCUAUCACACACACACACACACACAUCAACACAGGUCUUCUCUGCAGCUGCUCAAGUAUUUUUUCUCCAGGCGUGUGUUGUCAUCUUGAGCUCACAUAUGGUAAUACAAUAUGUGUCAGUGUCUGUGAAAUAUGUACUCAUGGGACAUAAAUGCAGGGUCAAAGGUCAUUUGUGCCUUUUAUUGCACAGACUACUCCCUCUUAAAUGAGUGUAAAUGUGUGUACAGUUCUUUUUUUUUUAUAUGACAAUGUGCAUGUGACCAAGCCAUGUAAAAUAUCUUACUGUAAAUAUUGUAAGUAAAUAUUUAAUGAAGGAUCCAACAUUCCCUCAAAAAAAUAAAUAAGUUAAAACAACUGUC